AUGUCCCUAACAACGACCACCCUCUCCCUCCUCGUCUUCCACGGCUCCCCCCUCGACUUCAUCAAAUACCGCCACGCCGUGCUCCUCCUCACCACAUACCCCGACAAUCAACAAAGCAUGUUCCACAUCACGGGGCCCCCCGGGGGAUUUAAAUUCGUUGAGGUAACCGGGGCGAAUCCCACGCAGAGCGCGAAACUAGAGCGGAAUAUCCCCGUCGUAACGACGGUAAGUGGUGAUAAUAACUCUACUACUAUCUCUAGGAAGAUGAUCAGGGAUGCGUGCGCUAGGGUUAAAGUGCGGAAUGAUCUCCCCGGGUGGAAUUGUCAGAAUUGGGUGGGUGAGGCUUUGUCGGAGUUGGUCAAGAUUGGGUGUUGUACGGAGGUGCAGAGGGGGUUGGCUGUUGAUGGGAUGGUGGAUGCGUGUUUGGAGGCGAGGGAUGAGAGGUUUGCUUGA